GCGGGGGUCCUGGGUCUCCUGGCUGCGGCUGUGGCUCCCCCCUCACAGAGCUGCUCCCCCUGACAGGCUCCCCAGCCGCGACAGCCCCCAGGCCCCGCGCCCUAGUGGAGCAGGCUCACACGCAGCCUCCCUGGCUCCGUGCCCUGCCCAGACCUGUUCUAGAAACACACCACCCUUCCCCACGGCUGCCUCCACCUCCCACCAGCCAAGCGCAGGCGAGGCCGGGACUCAGCUGGGAAGGCCGGCAGGCAGGAGGGCUGGGGUGGCCUCCGCGGGGCCAUGGAACCCACAGCAGGGCCCGUGCUGUACCGACAGCUGCAGCUCUGGGAUCCAAGCUUGGAGUCCGGGCAGGAGGAGGAGGAGGAAGAGGAGGAGACCUCGGAGCUGGUCGUUCCUGAUCCCCGGAGGCCCCAGGACUCCUCUAGGGACGAGGCUGGUGGGCUGCCCGGGGCCUGGGCCCGCCUGGUCGCGGCCCUGCUACUCCUGGCCGUUGGCUUCUCCCUGGCGGUCAGGCGGCUCCACGCCAGCAGCGGCUCUGCGGCCCCUCCUCCCAGCGGGCACUCCCACCACCCCGGCGUGUACCACCAUGGGGGCGUCGUCAGCCCUGCAGCCACGUGCUCCCACCUGGGCCGAGAGCUGCUCGUCGCCGGGGGCAACGUUGUGGAUGCCGGAGUGGGAGCUGCUCUGUGCCUGGCGGUGGUACACCCUCACGCCACGGGGCUAGGUGCCACGUUCUGGGGCCUCUUCCACAAUAGCACCUCGGGCAGUUCCACUGCCCUGACGCCAGGUCCGGCCCGGACGCUGGCCCCCGGCCUGGGGCUGCCGUCCGCUCUGCCGGCCCUGCGCCUGCUGCACGCACACUUCGGCCGCCUGCCCUGGUCACGCCUGCUGGUGGGCCCGGCCACGCUGGCUCAAGACGGCUUCCUGGUGGAUACAGCCCUGGCCGGGGCCCUGGCCGCUCGGAGCACGGAGGGCCUCUGUCCACUGCUCUGCCACGCCGACGGGACCCCGCUGGGCCCCGGGGCCCGCGCCACCAACCCCAAACUGGCCGCCGUGCUACGCGGGGCGGCACUGGCCCCCACCCCAGACCUUGCCGGGGACGCCCUGCUGAGUCUGCUGGCCAGAGACCUGGGGCUGCGGGGACCCUCGCCUGGGCCCGGGCCCACCCUGGAGCCAGCCCUGCAGCUACCUAUGCCCCAGGGCAUCCUGUCCACCACCCCCAGCCCCUCAGCUGGCCCAGAACUGCUGGCGAGGGUGGAGGCGGCCUUGCGCUCUGGAGGGCCCAGCCCUGACCCCUGCCUGUUAGUCCCACGAGCUCCCGUGACCCCCGGGAGCGGCGUCCUGGCCACCAUAGACAGCAGCGGCUCUGUGCUCCUCCUCACCUCCUCACUCAACAGCUCCUUUGGCUCUGGACAUCUGUCCCCAAGCACCGGGGUUCUGCUGAGCGACCUGGUGGCCGAGUCUGCAAGUGGGGGCUGGGCUUGCCCCCUCGUCCUCCAUGGUGGCUCUGAUGACACAGAGGCUGAUGUGUUGGGACUGGUGGCUUCAGGAAACCCCGUAGUGGCCAGAGUCACGACUCGUGCCCUGCUCAGUCGCCUGGCGGGGCCCCAAGCCCAGGCCCAGCAGCAGCAGCAGGGACCAACACAGAGCCCUAGCAUUUGUGGUCAAGGGACCCUGCUCCAGGUAGCUGCUCACGCAGAGCAUGCUCACGUCUCCAGUGUCCCCAGUGGCUGCUGCACCUUGCAGGGCUUCUAAGUGUGGGGCAGUGGCCAGCAGGGCGUGGACCGGGUGGGGGUCUCCAGCCUGGAGGCAGGGACAGAGCAGGCCCAGCAGUGAUGAAGUGCAUACAGAGCACACUGCCAGCUCAGGCCCACAACCUCUGGCCUGGAUUGGAGUUAGUCAGUUACCUGGACUGGAGUUCUGGCUCUUUUUUUUCAGUUAAGGAACCCAAGGACAAUGAGGAAAGAGCCCCAGGCCCCGGGGCCAACCCUGAGUUCAGAUCCAGCCCUGAGAAGGACAGGUAGAAAGACGCCAAGCCCCUGCCUUGGCUCCAGGCCCCACGGGCAAGGCUGGCAGAGCCCGGGGUACUGCUGGCCUCUCUGUCCUUCCCUUCAGGCCACCCUCUGCUGAUCUGUGUCAACGGGGCUGGAAACAAAAUAAAGAUCAAGUCUC